AAAAGGAGAGAAAUCAGAAAUUAGUUCGGGAAGAGAAGCAAAAGUAAGUAGAAUGUUGUGGUAUAUAUAUAUAGGGCGAUGAUACAUUUUGUUUCACACAUUCAACCGAGCUAGCCAGCCAUGAACAGCUCCACCGCUUCCCCUCCCAAGAAGAGGCUUAGCAAGACGGCUUGUAACAGAAUCCAGAAAGAGCUGCAGGCUUCCUGGCAGGCCAAUCCGCCCCCUGGAUUCAAACUUAUUAAGCCCACUGAUGACGAUGACAAUCUUCAAAGGUGGGUGAUUGAAGUAUAUGGAGCUCCUGAAACCCUGUAUGCUGAUGAGACUUAUCAGCUUCAAGUUGAAUUUCCGGAACAGUAUCCUAUGGAAGCUCCUCAGGUGAUAUUUUUGUGUCCGCCUCCAUUGCACCCACAUAUAUACAGCAAUGGCCAUAUUUGUUUAGAUAUUCUGUAUGAUACAUGGUCUCCUGCAAUGACGGUUCAUUCCAUCUGCAUUAGCAUUCUCUCUAUGCUAUCAAGCUCUACUGCGAAGCAACUCCCUGAAGAUAACGACCGCUACUUAAGGAAUUGCACGAAUGGGAGAUCGCCCAAGGAAACAACAUGGUGGUUUCACGAUGACAGGGUGUAACAUUAAUUCACAAGUGAAAUCGGGGACGGCAAUGGCAUCCCCACCAUCUUGUCCACACUCACCUGAUCCAGUUUGAUAUAGUGAUAUGUAAUUAUGUAAAUGAGUCAUUUCUACCGUUCCCACUCCCAGUUAGCGAAAGCUGGUAUCUAUGUGUAAAUGUCAUGUAACUACAACAUAACUGCUAUGCAGUUCUUAUUUUCCAUAUCCGAUAAAAGGAAAAUUUAGUUUAUUUGAAGAGUUUCUG